AUGUCCAGUAGCAUGGCAGGUGAAGAGGACUUCUUUUUGGAAGAACAAAGAUUCAAGCAGUACUGUGAAGAAUUUAUUAAACAUUCACAGCAGAUAGGAGAUGGUUGGGAGUGGAGAACUAGCAAGGACCUUGGUGAUGGUUAUCUUAGUAAAACACACUUCCAAGUAAGAAAUAGAAACAUUCCACCAGAUCUCAAGGAGAAAAACAAUGAUAACAUUGAACAAACGUUAUUUACACAUGUUGAAGAGUCUUUGGAUGAUUCUCAAGUAGCUGGAGUUUGUGCAACGGAAGAAGUGAUUCGCUAUGAAUAUCAUGUCUUGUACUCCAGCAGCUACCAAGUACCUGUGCUUUAUUUUAGGGCAUGCUUUUUAGACGGAAGACCUUUAACUCUGGAUGAGAUAUGGAAGAGUGUUCAUGCAUGCUACCAGGCUCGUCUGCUGGAGGGGCCCUGGGACACUAUUACACAGCAGGAGCACCCCUUACUUGGGCAGCCAUUUUUUGUUCUGCACCCCUGCCGGACAAAUGAAUUCAUGUCUUCUAUACUGACUGGUUCACGGAAACAGAAGAGACACACAAAUUACAUUAUAUUGUGGCUCAGUACUGUAGGCCCAGUUGUGGGUCUAAAUCUGCCCCUGAGUUAUGCAAAACUAGCACCUGAGCAGAAUACAAAUUCUGAUUCAAUUGAAAGACCUCUGAGCUGAAGGACAGGUGAUGGUUAGCUGUAGUAAAGCUGCUGCAGACUUCCCUGGGGAUGAAAUCAAACAAAGGAAUCCUUCCUGACCGGUAAGCAAUGCAAUGUGGAAAGAUGACUGUUCAUGGCUCUUUCUCUGUCAAGAACUUGCCUGGUUACAGUGGAAGACCUAACAGUUGUCUGCAGUUGUGACAACAGCUCUUGAGCACCAUGAAGACCUGAACUCCCUUGCGAUUGCAUUGACCCCUUGAAGGCACUCAUUUCCUACCACUGUUUCACUGUGGUUGUGGCCUUAGUAACACUGCACACAAAUGCACAAGCCUAUGGUUCCUUGAUACAGAGUUGCAAUGCUGGGUUUGGAUCUGUUAAACAUAUCUAUUAAAAAUCACAUCUCCAGAAAAUCUACACCAUCUGUGAAGAUAUGUACAGCAAAAUACUUGUAGGAUGUCGUUUAAGCUUGUGGCAAUCAGUGUACGGGCUGAGACUGCUUGGUUUAGGGACCACCUUCUCCAGGUGCAUGGACCAUCCUCGUGUUCCACAGCACACAGAGAAUAUCCUAAUCGGAGGACUGAAUAGUACUUCAUGGAGAAUAUUUUGUGUAUGUCAUGCUUCAGGGAACAGACAGGAUCAGGACUGUAGGCAGAGUACUUACAGUCUACAUGUGACUAAGCAUGUACAGUUCCAGAGUUCAAGGUGCCUCACGCU